GUGUUCGUCCAUAUUAUUUUUAGAGUAUCCUGAACUGUCCAAAAAAAUUCCGGGUCUCUAUUUUGAUAAAAAAAAAAAAGUUCAGAGUGUGCAGAAACAUGAAGGAGCCGAAUUCGGCCCCCCGCAAACAUGACUUGAGCCCAGCCCAGCGAAUUCCAUCUUACCACUCUAAUUGCCUUGCCUUUGAGCCAGUCCCUUCUGUAUAAAAGUAAAACCCUCACCAACACACACAGAAACCCUCCAAUUUCGCCGGUAUCAUUUUGGCGCGAAAGCAAAACCAGAGAAUGUCAGCAGGAGGAGAAGACGAGAGAGAAGAGUACCAAGUAGAAGAAGAGUUCAGCGUGUGGAAGAAGAACACCCCAUUUCUCUACGAUUUGAUUCUCUCUCACUCUCUGGAAUGGCCUUCUCUCACUGUCCACUGGCUCCCUUCCACCCCUUCCACUUACGCCGACGACACCUACGCCAUCCACAAGAUGAUUCUCGGCACCCACACUUCCGAAGAUUUCCCCAAUUUCCUCCUCGUUGCUGAUGCCCAUUUGCCGCUCCAUCCUGCUUCCGUCCCCAACACGAAUAUCGAAGACCCCAUUCUUCCCAAGGUGGAGAUAAAGCAGAAAAUACAUGUUGAUGGAGAGGUGAACAGAGCACGUUGCAUGCUGCAAAAACCAUUCGUUGUUGCGGCAAAGACUAGUAAUGCUGAUGUGUACGUAUUUGACUGCACUAAACAACCGAUGGAUCAUCAAGGAGGGUCUUGUGAUCCAGAUUUGAGGUUGAGGGGUCAUGAUAAAGAAGGGUAUGGAUUGUCAUGGAGCCCAUUUAAAGAGGGGUACCUCUUGAGUGGUUCAAAUGACUGCAAAGUUUGUAUGUGGGAUAUUUCAGCAAUGCCGCAAGAGAAAGUGCUAGAUGCAUGCAAUGUUUAUAAGGAGCAUGGAAGUUUGGUUAAUGAUGUUUCAUGGCACUCGGAGAAUGAAAAUUUGUUUGGCUCUGUUGGAGAUGACUGUCGGCUAAUGAUUUGGGAUCUACGAGCUACCAAGCCCCAACAGUCUGUAGCUGUUCAUGAAAAGGAGGUUAACUAUUUAUCAUUCAAUCCUCACAAUGAUUAUGUAUUGGCUACAGCGUCUUCAGAUGCAACUGUUGGUUUGUUUGACUUGCGAAAAUUGUCAAUACCUUUGCAUAUUCUCAGUAGUCAUGCGGAGCAAGUAUUCCAGGUAGAAUGGGAUCCGAAUCACGAAACUGUGUUGGCAUCUUCUUCAGCUGAUAGGAGGUUGAUGGUCUGGGAUCUAAGCAGGAUAGGAGAUGAACAGCUGGAGGGAGAAGCGGAAGAUGGUCCUCCUGAGCUUCUCUUCUCUCAUGGUGGCCACAAAGCAAAUUUAUCAGAUUUCUCGUGGAACAAGAACGAACCAUGGGUUAUAUCAAGUGUAGCCGAGGACAAUACUCUUCAAAUCUGGCAGAUGGCUGAGAGCAUCUAUCGUGAGGAUGAUGACAUUUGAAGUGUUCAUCACUCAUUAAUGUAAAAAGACCUUUGUCUUGAAACAACCUAUCCCUAUUAGAGCAAUCAUGUAUGUACUGCACAGAUAGAGUAUAGAAGUACUUUGUCUGACUUGAUGGUUCUCUUGUUUGGGCUUCCUAACUAAAACUCAUAAUAAAGGUCAUUGCAUCUGUUUUCAACUUAAAAA